CGGGCAGGGUUUAGCUUAGUUAGCAGCAGGGUCCUUCUGGGGCGGACUCAGUUACUGGUGAAGUAAAAACGCCUUAAAUCCCCGGUUUACUGACCGAAGCCGUGAUGGCUACGAGCAACUCGUCCGUGUUUCUGCUCACGGUGAACGGACAGAUAGAGGGAGCGAACUUUCCAGAGUAUGACAAUUUGUACUGCAAAUACUGUUUCGUCUACGGCCACGACUGGGCUCCGACAACGGGGCUGGAGGAAGGCAUCACACAAAUAACCUGUAAAAACAGCCAAUCUUCACAAAAGUUAAUAUGGAAUUUCCCACUGGAAACAACAUUUAAGAGCACAAAUCCUUCUGGAUGGCCUCAGCUAGUGGUGACUGUGUACGGACCAGAUGUGUUUGGCAACGAUGUGGUCAGAGGCUACGGAGCAACACACGUCCCCUUCACACCUGGACAACAUACAAGAACCAUCCCUAUGUUUGUUCCUGAGCCGACGUGGAGACUUCAGAAGUUCACAGGCUGGUUGUUGGGACGACGGCCCGAGUACACAGACCCUAAAGUAGUGGCCCAGGGUGAAGGCAGAGAAGUGACUCGGGUUCGCUCCCAAGGCUUCGUCACAGUCUCCUUUCACAUCAUGACGAAGGACAUGAAGAAAAUGGGAUACGACACGGGACCGACGGGCCCCGCAAACAUGCCGUCUGUCACAUCUGGCUGGUCGACAGAGGAGCAACAAAACAUGUAAUAACAUGAGAGACUGUUGGAAAUCUGGGACAAUUAACCCGUCCCUCCUUUUGUUUUGUUUUUUUUUCUAAGCCCUCGAGGACAUUCUUUGUCUGCCAAAGUACAUACACAACACUAACAUCAACUAAUUUAAUUGUUUACCUCUUUUGUUAGUAUGGAAAGCCACAAUGCAGCCUCUAGAAAUGAAGUCAUUUGAAUGGUAGUUACAGACAUUUUCCAUUGUCUUUUCUAUUGCGUUACUAUUUUUGUAAAACUUUUUGAAAUAAAUGUAAAUUUCACCCAAAGUCUUGCAUGAAAAUUCAAGGACACAGACACCCGAGUUACAGAGCUGAAGUGAUACACAUUUUUAUUUUGAACCGAUGCAGCUACAGUUGUCCUCAUCCAACAGGGUGCGGCCUGCUGCGUUCGUUUGUUUAGAUGCCGUUAAAAUACCACAAUGACUUUUCCUACAAAAACCCAUUACACAGAAUAAUAAGGUAUACAGAAGAACAGUAUGUUACAAUAGUACAAAUGAUAAAUUAUAUUAUACAGUUAUAAUGCCAACGGGUUGAGCACGUAUCCAAUAAAAAAAACAAAAAAACAAA